AUGUCAGUUUUAGCUUUGAAUUCUCAGAUUCUAUAUAGAGAGAGAUAUCAGAGAGAUCAACAACAACAACAGCAACAGUCAUCAAGUAACGGAGGCUGUUCAGUGUCUGUAAAUGGGUUGGGUUUCACGUUUUCGUCAUCUUUCGGGAACGAUAUUAAGCAGAGAGAGUGGGGAAGGAAAUGGAGGAGAUCAGAAUUGAAGGCGGAAGCGUUUUGGCAAGAUGUGUCGGAACCCAAUGUCGUCGAGAUGGAACACAUUGCAGACAAUGAUCAACUCGAUCAGAUUCUCCUCCAAGCCCAACAGCUUUCCCAACCCAUCAUCAUCCACUGGAUGGCUGCUUGGUGCCGGAAAUGCAUCUAUCUGAAGCCAAAACUGGAGAAAUUGGCAGCAGAGUAUGAUGACAGGAUCAAAUUCUAUUAUGUGGAUGUCAACAAAGUCCCUCAAGCUCUUGUGAAGCGUGGAAACAUAUCUAAAAUGCCAACAAUUCAGGGAUGGAAUGGAAUUGCAGUUAUGGAAAGAUGGAGAGAUGAAGGAAGAGGUUAUUGGUGGACACAAGGCAUGGUUGGUGAUUGAUGAAGUCAGAGAGAUGAUUCGGAAAUAUGUGUAAAUGGGUAACACUGUUUGCUUUCUUCUCUCCUAUAUAUCUUCU